GAGAGAGAGAGAGAGAGAGAGAGAGGAGGGGAGUGAGAGAGAGAGAAGAGGGAGGGGAGGUUUAUCCAAGAGCGCUGGUGAGAUCGAAGUUUCAGCCCUGCGCUUCACGCUGCACAGCCAGGACAGAAAACACCACACCAAGACCACACAGACACGAUGCUGCUCCCAGCCAGCCUGCUGAUCGGCCUGCUGUGCCUGAGCCGUGCAGGCGCUGCGUGGGGGUUCGCCCGUCUGCUGGAGGACGUGGAGCUUCGCUCGGCGUUCUCCGUCGCUCGCACCAACAGCAUGGAGGGCGGGCCAAAGAUGACCGUGACCUUUGACACCGUUUACGUCAACAUCGGCGGGGAUUUUGACCCCAAGGCCGGCAUGUUACGCUGUCGUAUCCCCGGGGCCUAUUACUUCUCCUUCACAGUGGGCAAGUUUCCACACAAAGACCUGUCGGUGAUGCUGAUGAAGAACAGGAACGAGGUGCAGGCCAUCGUGUACGAGGAGAACGCAGGCGAGGAGCGGAAGGUGCAGAGUCAGAGCGUGAUGCUGCAGCUGGAGUUCGGCGACACCGUCUGGCUCCGGCUUCAUGGCGACCCUCGCUACGCGCUCUACAGCAACACCGGACACUACACCACCUUCAACGGUUACCUCGUCUACCCCGACACCUACGGCUACCAGACACACCACCACCCGCACCACCUGGACAACGUCCCCCUGCUGGACAGUAACCAGGCUGCAGAGCACGUCCGGUCUGACCCACGAGGCACCACGGAGGAGAAGGAGCUGCAGCACAAGGAGGAAGAGGAGGCGGAGGAGGAGGAUGAUGAUGAUGAGGAGGAGGACGACCAGAGAUCUGCCUUCUCAGUGGGACGUACACAGAGCAUUGUGGGAGUCGACCAGGUGGGGCUGCCGCAGCACCAGCCGGUCAGCUUCGACACAGCGUUCGUCAACAUCGGCGAGGACUUCAACGUGACGGAGGGCGUGUUCACCUGCCGCGUCCCCGGAGCGUACUACUUCUCCUUCAACGUGGGCAAGCUGCCGCAGAAGACGCUGUCCGUCAAGCUGAUGAAGAACCGUCUGGAGGUGCAGGCGAUGAUCUACGACGACAGCCAGGGCGAGAAGGCUCUUCAGAGUCAGAGCCUGAUGUUGUCGCUGAAGCCGGGAGACACCGUCUGGCUCUACUCCCACCAGAGGGACGGAUUCGGGGCCUACAGCAACCACGCCAAGUACAUCACCUUCACCGGCUUCCUGGUUUAUCCAGACUUCCCCAUCAGCACCACCACCACCGCCACCACCACCAGCCAAUCAUAUGCAGAAAAGAAGCCCUAGCUGCAGCACGUGGGCCACGGACUGAACAUUGUGGGAGGAAUUCAUGCCAAGUGGAAAAGUCUCAGAGGCCACACAAAAGGCGUUUGACCGUUUCUGAGCUGAGCGGAGAAAACGGGUGAUGAUUGUUGCCGCGUGGUCGUCGUUGAAGCUUCCUCUUCAUGUGAAUUCCUUCACAAAGCAACAGGGACCUUGGACUGAGCGCAGAGCUGAGAGGAAGAGUUCACCGUUAAAAAAAAAAAAAAAGAGAGAAAAUUCAGUCAUUAUCUCCUCACCUCCGUGCUGAUGGAGAAGGCGGGUGAAGUUUGGUCGUCCACAAAACAUUUCUGGCAUUUUCUGACAAGAAUAUUCUACAGUGGAGAUAAAAAAUCAUGAAUCUGACUCCAGUUCCUCACACAGAUGUUUGAAAUGUGGCUCAGUCAGACAGGAUUUGUGGUUCCGUGUGGAAAGGAAAGUUCAGUUCUCUCUUUUAAAACACUGGGAGAAUAAGAUGCCCAACUGGACGGCAAAUUUUCUUUUCCUCAUUAAUUCAGAGGAAGCUUAUGUUGCAAACCUUGAAAAGUACAGAAGCACCUACACUUCGACACCUCGAGGCUUCUCGAGACAUAAAUCACCCUCAGAAAGCUGUCAGGAGCCAUUUUAUAUUUUAUUUCUGGUUGUUUUAAAUCAAGUCUCCAGCUGCUUCAGUUGUUUAGCAGAACGCUGCGACUCUGUUUUUGUUGCGAAGCUCCAGAAGUGUUUUGUGUGACUACGACACUUCACCUCAUCAGCACGACGGCCAGGAGAUAAUAACUGCAUUUAUUUUUUGGGUGAACUUACUCUUUAAAGUAAAACGGCUGCCCUGUAUAUGACUUCAUUGAACUGUAAUGUGUGAACUCUGUCUGUGAUGAACACUCGGUCAUUACCUGCUCACCUGUGUUGUGUCAGUCCAGCUCUCAUGUCGGCGUGAACGAGCACCAGAACACACGAGGAGAUGGAGGUGUUUCCACUGUUAGCACAACAUGUAUUAAACAAGUAUUUAUAUUCCUAUUUAUUGCACUGUGGAUGCAAAAGUUGACACACAUCCUCUGGUGCAAUUCAGUCUCAUUAUCAUGCUCAAAGAAAAUGUGCCACACAUUAUAUUUAUGCUCAUGAGCUGCAGUCGAAGGGGGAUUUGUAAUCCUUCCUGUUCUAAUACCUGCCAACCCUCCUGAUUUCCCCGAGAGACUCUCCUUUUUCAUUUCCCUCUGCCAGUUUCCGCCCCCUGGGGUCACAAUCCUCCUGCAUUUCUUCCAAUUUAAGACACGUUUUCACACCUUGUCCCCUUCUUAAUUAUCACAACGUGUUUCUGGCUCUGGACAGAAGGUGGAUUUCUGUACUGGGGCAGCUUGUCCUCCUCAGUGACUUGAGACAAGGAAAAGAGAAAGAAAGUAAAUUAAAGACGUUUAUGAUUAUUCUGCAUUCUUUCCUGAGAAUUAAGAGGUAAAAUUAGACGUAUUUAAAGAUAAAAAUGUUGUGCACUAAUUAUUCUGUGACUUUCAUUCUUUAAAAGUCACAAGAAUACAAGAUAUGAAGCCUCUGAUGUCCCAGACUCAGUGUUGGUGAGUAUACAUGUUGUACUUCAGUUCUGACUCGAGCUGGACGACACAACCUUUAAAUAAUAUCACAUAUAGGCGACAUCGUGACUCACAAAGUAAAUGUUGAUAUUUUGAAAUCUCCUUAAAAGCACUUCAUGAAUGCCAACAUGUGUCGACAAAAUCAAGUAGCCUGUCAUUCUUUGGAUGAAAUACCUUGAUACAGAUACACAGGGAUGACUAUUGGUACAUUCAGAAAACAUUAACACGAUCAAUAAUCAUCAGCAACGUGGAUAUAAUGUUCAGAAAAUGACGUCAUCGCGAUGUAAAGACACCUGAGAUGACGUGACAUGAGAGCUGUGGCUGACAGGAAGCCGAGGAGGUGAUGUGAAGUGGAAGAGAAGUAUUUCUGUGAGUCAAAGACUUGCUGUUUCUGCCUGUGUGUAAAAAAAAAAAACAAGUCCCUUUUACUUUCUUUGUCUUUUGAGGCAUGUGACAACGAUAUGAACAGUGUGUUUUGUGUCAAAAUGAGUCUUUUCUCUUCUUCAUUUUCGGAGUGAUGCUCGGCCACAGCGGGAGCAGAAGGACGACGGACGUGGUGUUGUGGAGAGUUUGUCUCCGUCCCGUACAGACUGUUGACCACAUGCCACCUCUGAGCCUGCAGGGAUCUGGACCGUAAUUUGAUUUCUAAUUCUAGCAGCGUUUAAUACAUUUCUUCAGAUGGCGACCACUGUGGGGAAAAUUGAAUUGCUUCUCCCGGGCCGCUCUAAUAUGCAUGUCUGUUUAAUUUCACACCGCCGGGAGAAAGAUGACGCUGUUCAAAUUGUGAUGAGCCUUAACUUUAUGAAAUCACCUUCUCUGGUGACGGAACAUUUACAUGUUUGUUUUUUUAUGAGACUCAACCGGACGUGACUUUCUGAUUUAAACACCACCAGUGUGCUGCGAGCAGACAGGUUUACAUUUUGAGAAUGGCGACACUGUUUUCAGUUUCACAUUAGAAUAUAUUGGGGAGCAUUUUUAAAGGGACGCUGCAGCCACUUCGAUACAAGAGAGGCGAGAAACAGUUUUGUGUUUGGGGCUCGAAGCAGCAUCAUGUAAAGAAACACCAGCUGGUAAUGUUGAUCACCAGCUCUGUGGAGCGUUUUAGCAUCUUUUAGCUCAGUGUUUUGGUUCUAAAACGAAUCAAAACAAAGUUCGCCAAACCAACACGAUGCUCAGUAACUGGCUGCUGAACACAGUGGGGCAUCUCAUUAUCAGAUCGUUACGGAAGCCCAGAGGGGCGAAAGGAGGUUGUUGUUUUUUUCUCUGCGUCUGAUCUAAAUAGUUUUCUCUCCUGUGUUUAUGACUUGAGAACUGGUGGGAAACAAAGUGUUGCCAGGGAAAUCUCCUUAAUUAUUUUUCUACUUAAAUGUGAAAAAAAAAAUCAAUGAAUUUUUGAAACAGUGGAGAAAUAUGUGGAACUGAGUGAAAAAUACACAUUUUCAGGAGAUUUUUCUUUGUUUCCCUAAAAUCAGGAGAAAUGUUUUCACACAUAUUUAUAGAUGAAAAAAAUCCAGCAAAGAUUUUAAACUUUAAACUUCUUUCCACCACAGUUCUCAGGUCAGAAACACAGGAGAGAAAACAAAUUAGAUCAGACGAGAUAGAGAUAGAAAAAUAUCUCACCAGAGAGGAGAAAGAGUCUUAGCUUGACCCUCGGGGCUUCCGUAGAUCACCCGGUUAGUGGGAAAAAGAAAACAUGCAAAACAGUAAGAACUGAUGUUCAACACAAAAUAAUAAAAUUUGAUUUAGAAUUCUGAACGGUGGUCAAAUCGAACACGAUGGCAAUGAAACUGAAAAUGUGGCCGCACUCUGAGUCACAGUGGUGAAAACUGAAUUUUCCCUCCAGCUCAUGAAAGCCGUUCACCUCGCGGUGAUCUCGUCGGCUCGGGGGAAAUGGUCUCACACUUUCUCUGAAAACUAAUAACAGACGGCGCUCGUCAGACUUCACACUCUCACCAGGCCUCUCUGCACCACACGCUCACUAAUCAACAAUUCCCUGUUCCUUUGCGGCUGCACUGACUUUUCAGAGAGUGACAACAUUUUGGACAAUGAGAGGCAAUUUUUUUUUUUUUCACAGUAUGAAAUUACACUGCGAGUGUGCCUCAUUUCAGAUAAUAAUGUAUUCUGUCACAGUCCAACCUCUGGUGGUUUCUCUAUUCAGCCUCAGUGAGCGAGCAGAGCACAGGAGUCGGACCUGCGAUUGCUUCAGUUUUACUUUGAAACGGUCCUGACCCAGUUCAGAGAAUCAGUCUGUGAAGGUGAUACCAGAACAAAUCCUGCACAGGACUCGUGGUGUGUGAAGUGACUCAUACCUGACGCACUCAGAAGCUCGUGUGAUGCAUGCAUAUAACUGAAAAUACACUGAAUUAAAAAGAUGACGGCUGAACAGCUUCACAGGUCCAGUCGACGCCUGUUUACUGUGUAUUUUUCUUAUGAAUUCUCUGUACAGUAACUGACAAUAUGUUGGAUGUUUCUGGUCUGUGCUUCUUUCUUUCUGA